GAGAGGAGAAGAGGAGGGGAGGAGGAGACGACAACGGGCGGCCCCAGCGGUCCCUCCGCCCCCAAGAUGGCGGCGGUGCUGAGGGGCCGCGCGGGCCCGGGCGGGGCCCCGGCGCUGUGGCGGCUCCAGAGCCGGCGGCAAAGCUCGUUCGACGUGGCCGUGGUGGGUGCGGGGAUCGUGGGCCUGGCCACGGCCCGGGAGCUGCUGCAGCGCCACCCCUCGCUGGCCUUGGCCGUGCUGGAGAAGGAGCAGGAGCCGGCCCACCACCAGAGUGGCCACAACAGUGGUGUGAUCCACAGUGGGAUUUACUACACCCCUGGCUCCCUGAAGGCCAAGCUGUGCGUGCAGGGGGCAGCCCUGUGCUACAGAUACUGUGACCAGAAGGGCAUUCCCUACAAGCAGUGUGGCAAGCUGAUUGUGGCUGUGGAGCAGGAUGAGAUCCCCAGGCUCAAAGCUCUGUACGAGAGGGGGCUGCAGAACAACGUCCCAGGGCUGAAACUCAUCGGGGCCAAGGAGAUCCAGGAGAAGGAGCCCUUCUGCAGGGGACUGAUGGCCCUGGACUCUCCCUACACUGGCAUUGUGGAUUACAAACAAGUGGCCCAGUCCUAUGCCAGGGAUUUCCAGGAGGCAGGGGGCACAAUCCUCACUGGCUUUGAGGUCACAGACAUGGACAUGGCCAAAGAAAGUCCUGCACAAAGUGAAGAUGGGCUGAAAUACCCAGUCAUUGUCAGGAGCAAAAAGGGGCAGGAGGUGUCGUGCGGGCACAUCCUGACCUGCGCCGGGCUCCACUCCGACCGCCUGGCGCGGAUCAGCGGCUGCAGCCCCCAGCCCAGGAUCGUCCCUUUCCGGGGGGAUUAUCUGCUCCUCAAGCCACAAAAAUCUUAUUUGGUCAAAGGAAAUAUUUAUCCAGUGCCCAACCCUCGUUUCCCAUUCCUGGGCUUCCAUUUCACUCCCAGGAUGGAUGGCAGUGUCUGGCUUGGCCCUAAUGCAGUGCUGGCCUUUAAGAGAGAGGGCUACAAACCCCUGGACUUCAGCCCUGGGGACUUCCUGGAUGCUGUCACCUACAGUGGGCUGUGGAAGCUGGUGCUGAGGAACGUGUCCUACGGCCUGGGGGAGCUGUACAGAGCCUUCUCCCUCAGUGCCCAGGUCAGGCAGCUGCAGAGGUUCAUCCCUGAGCUCACCACCAAUGAUGUUCUCAGGGGUCCCUCAGGUGUGAGAGCCCAGGCCCUGGACAGUGAGGGCAAUCUGGUGGAUGACUUUGUGUUUGAUGGGGGCUCAGGGCCCGUGGGCAGCAGGAUCCUGCACGUCAGGAACGCUCCCUCCCCUGCUGCCACCUCCUCCCUGGCCAUCGCCGCCGCCAUCGCCGACGAGGCGCAGCGCCGCUUCCAGCUCUGACCCGGCAGGAACCCGGCAGGAACCCAGCAGGAACCCUGCAGGAACCCAGCAGGAACCCAGCAGGAACCCUGGCACUGCUCCUGAGGGACACACAGCCACCAGGCAGCGUGCUGUGCCCGCUCUGUGCCCACUCUGUGGUGAGGAAGGUUUGGCCAUGGAGCAGGAGCAGCCAUGGCAGGCUGUGCAGCACAGGCACAGCAGGCUGGGAUCUCUCUGUGCUGGGAUCCCUCUGUGCUGGGAUCUCUCUGUGCUGGGAUCUCUCUCUGUGCUGGGAUCUCUCUGUGCUGGGAUCCCUCUGUGCUGGGAUCCCUCUGUGUGCUGGGAUCUCUCUGUGCUGG